AUGGUGGUCACUUUCAACGGGAUCGAUGCGGAUGGCACUGUGACAAUGGGAGGAUAUUCCAGUCACAUAGUAGUCCGUGAAAGGUUCUGCUUCAAGAUUCCUGAUGGCUACCCUUUGGCUAAGGCAGGGCCUCUGUUAUGUGCUGGAAUUCUAGUCUAUACUCCCAUGAUUCGGCACAACAUGAACCAAGCUGGCAAAUCACUUGGCGUGAUUGGACUGGGUGGAUUGGGGCACAUGGCAGUGAAAUUUGGAAAAGCAUUUGGGUUGAAUGUCACCGUUUUCAGUACAAGUGAAUCAAAGAGAGCCAAGCCAUUGAUCUCCUAG